GAUUCACAAACGUCGGCGAAGCUCGCCGCAUCUAAAACGGGCAGUAACGUUCAGAGUGGACUUAAGAGGUCAGAUUUUUUCGCUAGACCAUUGGGCCCGAAACAGUAUAACCCAGGACUCGAAAGCACCCAAGGUCACAAGUCAAUGGGCGCGAUGUCAAACGACUUUACUCGCAUACCCGAUCCACAUGUUAUGGCCCUCUAUUUUGCAUGAUAAGUACUACUAGUAGGAGCGGGUUUGUCCUCACGUGGCAAACCGUAACUUCUAAGAACGUAAACGUCGUAGGGGACGAUCAUAGAAGAAGUGCAAUAGUACUUCUGGUACUUCUUCUCCUUAGCAAUUUGAAUUUGAAUUUUCUGAGCUGCUCUAAUCUGCGAACUGGGGACGUCUACAUGCUUACACCGAGAGGGCCACCCUAAGCAUGUUUGUCGUCAUGUCUGUCUUCCUUUGUUCACCUUCAACAUAUUAGUUUGUCUUCGAAUUCGAAAUGCUGAUGACAUGUUGUUGUACCAAGUAGUCCUUUCUCCUGUAAGGAACCUCAAAAAUCAAAAAGAUUCAAGAAGUGAAAGAAUUGCAGUCCGGACGUGGUCGUGAUGAUGUGUGUUGGGCCGUUCUAUGCAGAAGUUGUUAUAUUUGGUGAAUUAUAUGAAGACAGUUAACUACGGGGAUCGUACUUAUGACUCUCAGCCUGGUGUCUCAGCCUGGUGCGAUCCAACGAUGAUGAUGCGAUGUGAUUGGUGACAGCUGUCAAUGUGAAAAUCUUUCAUCGGUG